AUGGAUGAUUUCGUUGAAGCCAUCACAGAAGCAAAGAGAUCACUGGAUGAUUAUAAUGGGGGACCCCUUGCCGCCAUAGGGGUCGCUAACGCCAUGGCCAAUGCUAGAAACGCUGCCCAAACUGCACGGAAGAGCUUAGCGGAUGGAGACCAGUUCACCUCUGAGGAGGCGACUAGGUGUUCCGAAUCGUAUACGAAGAUGUUUCUAAUCCUUUUGGAUACUUUGCAGUCUGCUAAAGACAAGGCACCCUUGUUCAAGAGCAUGGGCGUUGGACCCCUAGCUAUUUAUAUGGUGCAGAACUUGCAUGACGAAAAGAAUCUGUUUGAAGGGGUGGCCAAAACCAAGAUUCCAGAUGAUGUGUUCUACCAGAUGACCCCGUGGACGGAUAAGAUUGGCCAUGCAUUUGAUGAGGCGCAACAGGCGUAUAGGACCUGA